AUGCUUCCUAUUGACCCUGAUAAUAUAUUUUCACACAAUAUUCUAGAAAAUGGUCAUUCAAUAAUAAGUCAAAAUGACAAAAAUCAAAAUUGUAAUCAUCAAUUUGACAAAACAUCAUCACAAGAUUCUUCUGAUACAGAUAGUGAUAAUUCAAUUAUUACAACACUUACUCCAACAACUAUUAAAGACCAUGAUCAAAAGAUAAUAAUUGAAGAAAUUGGGAAGAAAAAAAAAUUUCCUAGAUUUGCUGAAAUAGUUAAAACUGGCGAGUUUGAACCUGAACGUCAUUUUUAUCCCCGUGUUUUAAAUGCUACAAUUCAUCCUUUGGUUGCAAGCUUCUUUCAAUUGGGUAAUGAACGUAUAAUAGCAAGAUAUACCCAUUUAAAUCCUAGAGUGUCAUUAAAUGCUCUUACCAAUUUAUUAUCAAGAUAUAAACCUAAACAUUUUCGUUGGGCAGGAACAGAUCUAUUCAAUGUUACAACAGUCAAUGGUCAACGUCAAAUGAUUAUUGUUGAGACCAAUUCAUGCCCAUCAGGACAAAAGUCAAUGCCAUUAUUGUCUGAAACUGAUGAAUAUGGUGGAUAUCGAGUGGUCAUAGAAUCUGCAUUUAAAGAAGCUGUAGAAAAUGCAGAUCCUUCUUUAGGAGACUUAGCAGUCAUAUGUGAUAAAAAUUUAAUGGAAACAUCAGGUUAUGCUACUGCAUUGGCUGAAGUUAUGCAGGAAAGGGUUUGGUUUGUACAAUACUAUGAUGAUGAUGAAGAUCCUCCAGUUAAAUGGAUUGAUCGAGUUAUGUAUAUAAGAGAUAUUAAUAAUGCAUGUUUCCGUUAUGUUACUCAAAGACCAUGGAAUCGCAUCCCUCUUAGUACUCGUACAAUAGUAAUGAAUGAAAUAGUCUCUUGUCUUGCUGGUGGUCGUAACAAAAUGAUGGCUGAUAGAGCCUAUGAAUUCUUCAAUGCUGAAUUAGUGGAUACUGGUUUGGCUAUCAGAGUACCUGAAACAAUCAACAAUGUUACCAGAAGUGAAAUUCCAUUAUGGAUUCAUAGUAUGGGUGGUCAUGCUGUAUUAAAAGUGCCAUAUAGUAAUGCUGGUGUCUACACAAUAACAAAUCCACAAGAACUUCAAGAAUUUCUAGACAAAGAUCAUCAUUAUGACAAAUUUAUUGUACAAUCAUUGGUUGGUAAUGCAUCAUGGUCAUCUGUCACAAGGUCUGGAAAGUUUUAUCAUGUAGGAACAAUCCCAAACAAACGCAAUCAUACUUAUGUAAGUGAUCUUCGUGUGAUGAUAACAGCUGGUAAAAAUGGCUUUCAACCUGUAAGCAUUUAUGCAAGAAGAGCAAGAAAACCUCUUUUGAUAACUUCUUGGGAAAUGUUAGGCACAAAUUUAUCUGUAAAAAAAGCUGAUGGUGAAUGGUCAUCAGAAUCAGAACGGUUAUUGUUGAUGGACCGUAAAGAUUUUAAUCAAUUAGGCAUAGGAGUUGAUGAUUUGAUAGAUGCUUAUGUACAGACUUGUUUGGCAGUUAUUGCAAUUGAUAAAAUGUGUCAAAAGUUGAUGCCAGAAGAAGGAAAAUUUGAUUUUAAUUUAUUCAGAGCUUUAAAUCCUGAUGAAACUUUGUUAUCAGAAAUAUUAGA